AUGUCGUCAUCAGUAAUCUUGAAGAGAUAUAAUAUUUUACUCAAACGUAACCCGUUAUUAACUAAAUGCAUAACAGGCGCGGUAUUAACUGGGUUAAGCGAACUGUUCAGUCAAUGGGUUAGUCUGUCUCCAGAGGAAAGAAAAGAGAAGCUAAAUUGGAUCAAAGUGGCAUUGAUGAGUCUAUAUGGUGGUCUAUUUAACGCACCAGUUAAUCAUUUCAGUUACAAAUGGAUAAACGAAUACACAAUUAGGAAAGUGGUAUCCAAAUAUAGAAGCUUGGUCCAGUUAGGCUGCUCAUUAGGCAUGGUAUCGCCUAUUCAAGUGUUAGGGUUACUAUUUACCUUGACUUCUGUUAACAACGGUAAGGUUGACAAAACAAAAAUUAUACACGCAAUCAAGACAAGAUAUGCGGCAAUGUUGUCUUCCAGCUUGGCAACAUCAACGGUAUUGAUGUCAAUUGCUCAAAGAUACAUUUCACCAGAUAAAUGGUCCGUAUUUUUUAGUUUGGCAUACGCAAUUCUGGGUACGGCUCAGAAUAUUUAUUUGAAGAAAUUCAAGAAAUAA